CACACUCUCACCGGGUGGUGUGUUGACUUCAUACACUCCCUUUCUCACCGGGAAGUGUCUUCAUUAGAAAGCCGUCCGACCUCGAAACAAGCGUAGGCCUACUAGAACGGCCGAAUCCGCUGAACGACAAAACAUGAAUAAAGGCAUCCUUUUGAAGGCUUGUUUGCGUGUGUCUGUGUUUUUCUCUGUGGCCCUCCUCUGUGAAGCCCUGCCCACUCCUCCACCGGGCACCAAUCCAAUCAGGGCUGAACUGCUGCGCCAACGCUCCUGCCCUGAAGGCCUGUACCCGUCAGCGAGCCUGUGCUGCCUCAACUGCCCCGCUGGCGAACACCAGGUCUCCCCGUGCUCCAGUGACCGGGGGAGCAGUGUGUGCUCAGAGUGUCCCAUGGGGACGUUCACGGAGCACAGCAACCACCUGCGCACCUGUCUCACCUGCACCCGGUGCCCCCCAGACCAUGAAGAGGUGCAGCCCUGCUCCCCCACCAACAACACGGUGUGCCGGUGUAAGUCCGGGUACUUCUGCGCCCACGACCAGGCCUGCGAGGUGUGUCAGCGGUGCAGGAGCUGUAACGACGGAGAGACGCGGGUGAAGAGCUGCACUGCCCACUCCAACAGCGAAUGCGCCAAGACCUCGACGCCCGGUACCCCAAUGGAGGGUAGGUCUCCUGAUUCAGGCUCAUCCCCCCUGGCGCUCUGGUGGAUUCUAGGCGUACUAGCGAUCAGUGGGGCUGUUUUUGGCAUCUGGGUCUACAAGAAAAGGAGACCUUGGUUGACAUGCCUGCCUAGCCUGUCACCAGGCCAGUCUCAGCAGGGUGCCACAAGGCAUGGAUCCCUCGAGAUCGCGCAGAACGCCCAUAACGUGUUGGUGGAAGUCCCCCUGCUGCCCUCUGAAGAGCCCCGAAGCAACGGCUCGGUCAACGAAGAUGACCCUGGUCUGGGCAGCAGCAGCUCUGAGACCAGCCUCACGGUCCAGCUCCCCAAUACGUACACCUCGAGGCCCCCUCCGCCUGCCUGUCCGGUGGCCGUCUACCGAGUUCGCCCUAGGACCCCCAGCCCGCCCUCUGCGAGGAAUGAGGACGAUUCUCUGCUUGUUCCUUUAAAUGGUGAGAAGUCUCUAAAGCUCUGCUUUGAGUAUUUUCACGUUGACAUGGAUUCCAAGGUUCACAAGAGAUUCUUCCGGAGCUUGGAUCUGAGCGACAACGCAAUCAACGACGCAAACAACGAGGACCGCGUGUAUGAGCUGCUGGACGUAUGGCUGCAAAGGGAAGGCCAAGAAGCUAAACUCCACCAUCUCCUGCAAAAACUCAGGGACUUGGAUCAGAACCGGACGGCAGACUCAAUCGUUGAAAAGGCCAUCGCUAACGGGCACUAUGAAAGAGGGGGGAUUUCACAUCCAUCUUAUUCGGGCAAAAGCGAUGAGUGAAUCAGACCUGGGGGGUCUUGCUUGGGGACUUUCUUGGGCUUUUCUGAAACUCCUUAAGAAAAAUUAAAUAAAGGUCCAACUGGAUAAAUGCGGUGAGGGGGGAAUUCCAAGAGGACCCUGUCCAUCGGAACAAACCCUGGGUGAUGGGGCUUCUCUUUUUCCUGUGUCCACCACUGUUUUCGUGGUGAACAUAAAACGUUUACUUACUUGUGAUAUGAGGUCAAAAGGUUCUCAGGGUCAUGCGGUGGUAACCUACUAGCCUUAAAGGUGUGUUCCAAUCGGCCGUAGUGAAGGAUGUUCGUCUUCCUCGUUAUGUAGGAUAGAUUAAGCAAUUUUGUGAAACAAAAUAAUUGUUAAGUUGUAAACUAACUGAUUGCUCAAAGUUUUAUAACAAAUGGACUUAACACCCGGGAUACCCCAAUCUCAGGGAAAGCUACCGAGUGCUGCAUUGCGCAUAUAACAUUCACAGUGCUCACUCAAUAACAGAUAAAUAUCUGUGUGCAUCUAUAUUAUCAUAUUGAUACGUACAGAGACUGAAAUCUAGGAACCUAGCUCAACCUGCCUUCCUAAGCACUUUAAAAGCUUACUCAUGGGCAAUUGUGUCAGUUAACGCCUUCAGUAUUUAACCUGAAGGUGAUGACGUAGUGCUCGCCUCUGAUGGAUACUCACCAUUCAGACUAAGCCGACGCAGAAUAGAGUUUCGUUAAAAUGACGACUCUGGGAUAGCCCAACGAGGCCUCCCAGAGGGUGGGUGACAAGCAAUGUGAAAAAACAGGGCUCUCUAUCAGGAGACUCCAUGACCUCACCUGCCUCACAAGAGGAUGCAUUUGUGCAAAAAAGUAUUUAUACAUUUGAUAUUUAUGGAACUUAUUUCACACGAGGGCCACAUUGAUCAAAUGUUUAGAAAUAUUUAUUUUUGUAAUGUUUUGUGUAUAAUCGAUGUGACACAGCCCAGGGACAUGCCUUGUCCUUGUUCUAGUAGCCUUAUUUAUACCUUGAUACACAUGAAGAGUAUGAAUUUGGUACAACUGAAACACAUUUCAGUUCAUACUGUGCCUAUUUCCUGCCGAUAUCAUUCUUGGUAAUCGCUGUGAAUGAACAAAGGCGCCUUGUUGAACGAAUGAACAAUUCUACAUGUCUAACGUACAUGAUGAAAUUAAAAUGUUCAAGCUCCGUUAGACGGUUGUGCUUCCAGCACACCCCUCUACGGUCGAUUUUACAACUUUGCAUUCACUACCCUGUGAACUGUGGAGGAAAAAAACCUUUUGACAAACUUUCUUUUCCAGUUUUUUUUUUUUCGUAUUUAUCUCAUCAAACACGUGCUGUUGUUUUUUUUUAUCAAACGCUGUUGGAUAACAAAUUAGAGCAAAUUAAAUAAAGCUUGUUUCAGCGA